AUUUUAAAGCAGAUUCAGAGUCCAACUGUAAAAAUAUUUUCAAAUGGGAAAAUGUAGCUCCUUACAACCACAUUUUGAAGACCACUGGAAGACCACCAAAACUGCAGAUGAACAUAUUUAAGGGCUUUCAUCUUUGAAAGGGAUGAGAAAAUUCACAAAUGUUUGUCCAUCAUUUUGCUGAUUACAAACACAUCAGAAGUGUUAUAUAAAAUAGUCAUUUCUUGCUUCUGGGAGCUCCCUACACGGAGUAAAAUGUAGGCAUUGAGUGACCACUAAAACUCACAUUUUACACAUGCAUUUGCAGACUGUAAAAUAUACCCUGUGUCCAAAAUACAAGUAAGGUUGACUUUAUGAUUUGUUUCCCCACUAUCUCACAAAAAGCAGUACAGGCGCUUUGUAUUCUUAAAAAAAAAAAAAAAAAUAGGAUCUGAUGUUGCCAUGGUACACUCACUUAAAUAUGAGUGUUUAGAUGUGCCGUCAUUAACUGUCAGUUAUUUUUUAGUCCAAUAAAACAGAAGGCUAGACAACUAAACUUUCAAUGAGACUAGCUGACAGCCCAUUUUUCAAUUAAUACUAAUUUAACAGUGUUGAUUUAACACUGGAAUAUUUGCGUCAUUGCCUUAAUGCUGUAUAAUAAAACUAAAUGAUACAAAAACAUUUAAAAAAAUCUAAAAUACAAAUUCAUGUAGAUGAGGGGGAUUUUGAGGAUGGAAAUGUGUUUGGGGAGGGGACACACACUUCCUUAAAAAUUCAGCUUCAGUAUUACACUGGCAGUCCUGUGUCCAACACUAAACCUUUUCAGCUCCUUGGAGUGGAUCAGCAAAGCUGGUAAUUGCAAUACAGCAGAGGACGAUGAAGUGGUGUGUCCUGUUCUGUGUUUUCUUUACGUGCUUUGUCGCCAAUCAUCUCAGUGAUGCCAGAUAUGUUCCUGAAGGAGUUCCCUAUGACGAGCCCCCAGCUGUGCCCUACUGGCCAUACUCCACCUCUGAUUUCUGGAACUACAUAGAAUACUUCCGCAGCAUUGGAGCCUACAACCAAAUCAACCAUAUGGCCAGGGCUUUCUAUGCCCACCAGCACCUUGGAGACACCUUGGGCUAUGAAGUGCCUGAGCACCAGGAACGCUGAAGGAAAGCUGAGGUUAACUGUCUACAUGAUGAAAGGAUAGGAUUUAGUUAACAUACAGGAAAACAUAUGUGUAUGGAGUAAUGCAUCUAACAUGAAAUAUAUAUCAAGAACAUAAUGCAUCAAUGUUUUUUUAUUGACUUUGUUAUAUCUUCAUUUGAAACAUGUCUAUCAAAACUCAACUAGAGAAAUGUAAUUUUAUCAACUGUCAUUUUUUGUAACAAUUUAUACGUAAUGAAUUUCAUAUAGCCUUUUAAUUGUCCCAUGGAGACACAUGGUACACUGGGACUGUUUUGGAGGGCCGGACCUACAGACUAAUCUCAGUUGGAUCAAUGUUAAUUUGACCUCUUUAAUAAAUGCAAUAAUAACAUGGUUUUGAUACAGUGUUACUGAUAAGAGUAGCUGUUACAAUUAAGCAGCACAAAUGUAAAGCAGGCAUAGUGAAUACAGUAAUAGUAUACGAUUAUCUGAUCAACAUUUACAUAAACAAUUGUGAACAAAAUGUUCAGUAUGUAAUGUUUGCAGUAAAGACCAGCAUUAAAUUCACUUAAUAUAAAAGUA